GCCAGAGAAAUGCCGCCGGCCGUCGGGUCUAAUUAUACCUGGAGUAUUCGCUUACAAUCACUCGUAUUUCAGCCCUGCUUCUUCUUCUUCUUCUUCUGAGAUAGCGAGAGAGUGUUUGAGUGUUUGUUUAGGAGGUAAAAGAGGUGUAAUUCUCGGGUUCAAGAGGGCCGUGGAGAAUGGAAUCCAGUAGCUUGGAGCAGAUAUUGCAGGAUGGGAAACUAUUCAGGCACCUCAAUUCCCUCAUCGUUGCUCACCUUCGCGACAACAACCUCACUCAGUUUCUUGGCGCCUAUUGAUGUUGCUUCAAAUGAACCUUUUAGGCUGCAAAUGCUGUUGCUUCUUCCACGAUGACACCACUGAAUGUUGAAGCCCCUCCAAAUAAGCUUCUUGAGCUUGUUGCCAAGGGUCUUGCAGUGGAGAAAGAGGAAACACUGAGAGGGGUUACUUCGUCCACAUUGUUAGACUCAGGCAUACUGACACCUGCAGCAUAUGGUUCUAUACCAGCUCCUCGUGCAGCUUCUGUUGAUUUCAGUGCUGCUCUUGAUGUGAAAGGCUCAUCAAAAAGUUUCCCGAAGCAUGAGACAUGGCAUCUUUCAGAGCACAAGAAUAUUGCCAGAUGUGCUAGAUUCAGUCCUGAUGGAAGAUUUGUUGCCACUGGAAGUGCUGACACAUCAAUUAAGCUCUUUGAGAUUUCUAAAAUCAAGCAAAUGAUGCUCCCAGAUGCAAAAGAUGGUCCUGUACGACCUGUCAUACGGACAUUUUAUGACCAUGUACAACCAAUAAAUGAUUUGGAUUUUCAUCCACAAAACACAAUUCUGAUAUCUGGGGCCAAAGAUCACACAGUAAAGUUCUUUGAUUUUUCCAAGGCUACUGCAAAGAGAGGAUUCAGAGUUAUUCAGGAUACUCAUAACGUGCGUUCUGUAUCAUUUCAUCCCUCUGGAGAUUUCCUUCUUGCAGGAACUGAUCAUCCCAUUCCCCACUUGUAUGAUGUGAAUACUUUUAAAUGUUAUCUAUCUGCGAAUGUCCCAGAAAUUGUUGGUAACGGAGCCAUAAAUCAAGUGAGGUAUUCAUCUACAGGUGGCAUGUAUGUUACAGCAUCUAAAGAUGGUGCUAUUCGGUUAUGGGAUGGUGUCAGUGCCAAAUGCAUUCGCUCUAUAGUUGGUGCACAUGGAACAGCAGAGGCUAUUAGUGCAAAUUUUACAAAGGAUCAAAGGUUUGUUCUCUCAUGCGGGAAGGAUUCCACCGUGAAGCUCUGGGAAAUUGGCACUGGAAGAUUGGUCAAACAGUAUCUUGGAGCAACACAUUCACAAUUACAGUGUCAGGCUGUUUUUAAUGAUACUGAAGAAUUCAUUCUAUCCAUAGAUGAGGCAAACAAUGAGAUUGUGAUCUGGGAUGCUUUGACAGCUGAAAAGGUAGCAAAAUUGCCUUCCAAUCACGUUGGUGCACCUCGCUGGAUUGAACAUUCUCCAGUAGAGGCUUCCUUCAUUUCCUGUGGGACUGACAGGUCUGUUAGGUUCUGGAAGGAGAUUCUUUAGCUUCAGGAAAUCCAGGAUAAAAAAGUAUUAUUUUCUCCACACCUCCCUUUGAGGAGUUCUUUAAUGUCAGAUCUGUUUGGUUGCAAAAUUAGAAGGUUGUGUAUUCAAAUUUAAGUGUUAAAGAGUACUUUGAAUCAAUAAUUAUGAAUUUUGUAA